AUGUUUUUACAUGUUCUCGAUGUCAAGUCGGACUCGCAAAAGUUCCAGUCGGGAAUAGCGAGCCUUGUGUGGGCAAUUCCGAAGGGGGUGUCUGUGUGUGAGUGCUACCGGCUCCCAGGAUCAGUGUUGACCCUGAGAGACUGCCAGGGGCCGAGGAGAGCGGCAGGGCACGGGCUUUCCGUGCUGCCAGACCUUGGCGAAAUCCCUGCUGAAGGAGCCGGGUGGCGUGUCGGGCUGGGAUUUUGGCUGGCCGAGCCUGCGCGAGAACGGCUCUGGCUGUUUCCGCCCUGGCGGUGUGGGAGAAGCCGGGUACGAGGGGAGUGCCAGCGGCAGACACCUGCCAGCCGGUCCCGCGGAGCCACAUCCCCUCUUGGCUGUUGCCCUCUCUUCACCUGCCUUCACUCUGGCCCAGAUCCACCUCCAAACCUCAAACCGGAGUCGCAGCCCCCCGAGAAACGGCGGAGGACCAUCGAGGACUUCAACAAGUUCUGCAGUUUCGUGCUGGCCUACGCGGGCUACAUCCCUUCCACGAAGGAGGAAAAUGACUGGACGCCCUCCGGCUCCAGCUCCCCGCUCCGCCCGGAAAGCGUGGUGGACAGCGACGGCUGGGAGUCGACCCAUUCGGACCUGCACACCAUCGAGACCUUCGUGAAGAAGGCCAAGUCCUCCAAGAAGAAGGCGGCCUUCCGCCGCCUCAAGUCCGACAGCUCGCUGCUGGAGAAGAUGAAGCUCAAGGACUCCCUCUUUGACUUGGAGCCCGUCAGCAAGCCGCAGCCGCCGCUGGCCGGGCCCAGGGGGGGCCUGGACAAGAAGAAGGACAGGCGGAACCGGAAGGUGGCCCUGGAGGCCGGGGGCGCCAAGCGCAACCGGGGCGAGCCGCUGGGGGAGAAGCGCUCGCGCAUCAAAAAGAGCAAGAAGCGGAAGUUGAAAAAGGCGGAGCGCGGCGAGAAGAAGCACAAGGCCUCCCUGAGCGAGACGGACUCUGAGGAGGAGGCGGGGGCCGCGGGCGCAGCCACGGCGCUGGCCUCGGUGCAGGCCCCCCCAGAGCUCCUGGCGGCCGGCUUCCCCCUCAAGCUGGAGGAGCGGGAGGGGAAGGGGGGCGUCAGCACGGAGACCAGCCAGGACGGCGAGGGCAGCUCCAGCGAGGGCGAGAUGAGGGUGAUGGACGAGGACAUCAUGGUGGAGUCCGGGGACGACUCGUGGGACCUCAUCACGUGCUACUGCCGGAAGCCGUUUGCGGGCCGGCCCAUGAUCGAGUGCAGCCAGUGCGGCACCUGGAUUCACCUCUCCUGCGCCAAGAUCAAGAAGACCCACGUCCCGGACAUCUUCUACUGCCAGAAGUGCAAGGAGGGCUCCCGGAAGCCGCCCCCGGCCCCCACCGUUCCCAGCGCGACGGCGGCCGUGGCGCCCAGGGGAGGCGGCGAUCCCUAGCGCGGGGCGUGGGAGGGUGGCUCUGAGCCGGGCUGCCCCCCCGCGGGGGCAACGGACUGGACGGAGUGGGAGGGCUGCUCUGGAGGGCCUUGCUUCUUGGGAGGCCGGGAGAGAGGUCUUGGGUAUUUGGGGUGGCGAGAGUCCCGGCACCAGGGGCCGGGGGCCGCACCCCAGGAAUCGGCUGGCUCCGGCUGGCGGUUCCAAGCCCCUCGCCUCACACCCAUUUCCCCUUCUGGGGCCGAUCGAAGGCCACCUCUGUGUUCUGUCAAGGCCAACCUUGAUGUGUGGGAUGUGAAGCAAACCAUCGGGACGGCUCCUGUGCAUACUGGGAUGCGCCCCGUGUCGUGGGGAGCGCUGGGAGAGUGACACGGAGGAGGGCCGGCAAAGUGGGGUGUGCUGCUCCCCCCCUUUCCCCCCAUCCUCCCUCCCUCCCUCCCUCCCUCCCGUUCCCGGGAAGUUCAGCUGUAAAUAGAUAGAAAGCAAACUCUUUUUUUCUGGGUUGUUUGUUUCCCAGUUGGAAAGGUUUUUUUUAAGUUUAUAUCCUUGUUCCUGACACCUCCAAACAUUUAUUUUCUUUGUCCUGGACAAGGGGUGAGGAGUAGAGGGUGCCCACGGGGAGAAACUGGGCAACGACCCAGAAAGAUUCCUUGGACCCGCAUUGCUUUUCUGUGGUUGGGGGGCGGUAGGGGUUCAAGUUGUUCCCAUUAAAAUUGCACACACACACAUUCUCUAGGAUAAGGGAGAGAACAGUUGGAAGGAGGGGAAACAGAAUUUGCUGAUCCCCAGUGUUAACCCGCCCCCCCCCCCGCCAUGAAUUCUUCGAGGCGGUGGAGCCGGUCGGGAAGACCCUUGCGAUUUUGCUGGUAUCAAAAGAAAAAGGGGCAACUUGUUUGUGAGCCAACUUCCCGCCCGCUCCCGCCGACAACGGUUCCAGCGGAGCCAAGGUGCUGGAGGAGCGCCGGGUCGCGGGGGGCCAGGAAGCCCCCGACCGGGACCCCCAGGUCGCUCCGCCCGAGUUGCCCCCUGCCCGUCGGGGGCUGCUGGCCGGGGUUUCCCGCGGGCUCGGUUUCGUUUUUCCGGCUGGGAAGGGGAGGGUCCCCUGCCCAGUGCGUCCAUUUUUGUUCGAAUAUUUGCAACCGUGUACAUGGCAGAGUUUUCGAUGUAAAUAAAAGAUGUGGACCCUU